AUGGCGUCCGCAAGCCGUCCCCUGGCCGCACAAGAUGACGAGUACUUCCCGUCGUUCCUGACGGCGUUCCAAUCCACUCCCAAGGCAGACAAGUCCAAGGAAAGCGCCCCUCGUACUCGCUCUGAGGCUGAUAUAUUGUAUUCCAAGGGAAAACCUCGACUCACCUUCGCCGAGAGCUUAUCCAUGACCCGCAAAAAACAACAGGGCGUAGAGAUCCCGGACGACUCGCCCUUCAGCUACGAUGGCAACUACCAGGAUGGUCUGGGCACCCGUAGACGCAAAAACGUGUCUUCUUCGGCUGCUGAGGGUCAAGACGAAGACGUGCCGCCCCCGCCUACAAUGUCGCUACUAGACCCCGUGGGCUUUGCAGCAGGAUCGCACAGCGUGGAUGAUGACGAAGCGGCGGCUGCUGCGGCUGCACGACGUACUGCCAUGGCCGCUAGAGUCUCGAACUACCCGAACAUUCACAGCGACGAGUGGGGACAGGACAAACAGUACUGGGUCACAGUGUUUGGCUUCCCGUCGAGCGCUAAAUCUUUUAUCCUUCACCAAUUCCAGUCCGUGGGCGAAGUUGUCAACUACUCGAGUAGCAGUGGAGGAAACUGGUUGCAACUGCGCUAUCACACGAGACUGCAGGCCGAGAAGGCGCUCAGCUACGACGGACGCACGCUGGCGAACAACAUCAUGAUCGGAGUCAAGAAAUGUUAUCCGUCCGACCGGGAUGCUAACGCACUCGACGAGACGCCCGUGUCCAGCUACUUUGGCGCCCAGGCCCGUCAGAGUCUGGGAUCUAGAAACCUGGAGGUUGACCCCAUCGACACCGACAUCAUGCUGCCUCCACGACGUCGACAGGACAUUUGCUCGCGGCUUCUGAGCUAUCUAUUUAACUGGUGA